GGGGGGGGGGGGGGGGGGCGUAGGUUCAAGCCCUACAGGGACCAAUUUUUUUCCUUAUUUUCCUUUAUUCUAGUAAGGUUUUACUUUUUUCAGAAAGACUUAUAAUUGAUUUAUUGUACAAAAAUUGAAAACAAUAAUUUGAUAAGCGAUUUCUUGCUGUUCAAAGUGAAUCUACUACUUAAACAGAAGGGAUAGAGUUACACAUCUUUAAAUAUAUUGAGUUACAUGCGGUAAAAGUUCUCUAUUUUGCUUUCACUCUUUAGAUUACAUAUCGUGGAAGAAAUUUAGGUAGGUUUUACUUCUGCCCCAAGGUUACUUUUGAAUGAAAUAAGCAAAAUUUAAAACAGAAACACAGGAUUCCGUUUACUUGAGGCACCCUAGAAAUCAAAGCCUUGAAAUGUCCGAUGGUUGCGGGUUUUUGGUAGAUUUAUUUUCUGUUUAAAUGCCAGUCUAAUGUACAUGAAUGAGAAACAGAUACAAAUUUACAAGAUGAACUCUUCCUGACGUUGUGAUGUUACCAUGGGCUGGAAUACCUUAUUAUUGAUAGAUCUUAUAUAAUCUAAAUGGGCAGUGUGAGUGGAUACAGGUUGAAUAAGAACUGCUUGUUCAUUGAUAAUUCAUCCGCAUUGUUCAUGAAUGGGACUAUUUUGUGUAGCACAUGAACAUCCUUUAGAUGUGAUUUGGAAUAAAAUAAAGAUGCUAUAUGAUUGUCAGAAAUACACUUGUAACUUUGCUAGCGUGAUAAACCCGCAACCAAAAAUGAUAUUGACAUCUUUAUUUUGUGUUUUAUAAUUGUUUACCAAUAGUUUGAUGUAUCUUUUAUUAAAAUUAAUGGUAAAAUUGUAUCGUGAAUGUAAAUACUUACAACUUGUAUCGUGGAUGUAAAUACUUACAAAUUGUAUCGUGAAUGUAAAUACUUACAACUUGUAUCGUGGAUGUAAGUAUUUACAUUAUGGCAUGAAAUGCUGGACAUUAUCUAUGAACCAUGUCAGUGAGUGCAGUGUUAUCUGCACAGGUUCAAAAAUGUAAGACAUACUAUCCGGUUAACCUGAUGAUAGUUAUACAUUUUACACACUAAAUUUUAAACACUAAGACAUGGAGGCUACAAUAGUUUUCAUAUUCAUUCUUGUAUUUCUUGUGUCAGUGCUUGUAACCAGGAAACCGAAAAACCUUCCGCCAGGGUAUUUUGGAAUCCCAUACAUAGGAUCUAUGUUGUUGAUGCGGAAACUUAUUAAGGGUAAAAUACCACAUCUUGUGUUGUUUAAGGAGUCUAAACGUAUUGGAAACAUAUUUAGCUGGUAUUUAGGGAAUCAACUGAUCGUUGUUCUAAGUGGGUAUGAUACUAUACAUCAGGCGCUGGUGAAGAAGGCAGACGUGUUCAGCGACAGACCUCAUGUUUUACCAGAGUAUGGCAUCAUUACUUGUAAAUAUGGACAGUGCUGGAGAGAAUUACGGCGGUUUACGUUUCGGGCACUGAGAGAUUUCGGAGUAGGAAAGACGUCUAUUGAAGACAAAAUCCAAGUAGAAAUCGAGGCAGCUACUACUUUCUUGCAAGAAACUAACGGAACACCGACAUUGGUUGAUGGCUUAUGCACAAAAUGGUGGCAUAUGUUAUCUUUGGUAUCAUAUUUGGACGAAGUGUUUGAUAUCCGUUGUCGUACAAAUAUACUCCUAUUCCUUUUCUCUUUUAGAUAUGCUUAUAACGACACGGAAAGUGAUAAGACCCGUGCACUGACAAACGCAUUUAUAAAUGGUUCAGGUCUAAUCAGCUUCUCAUUCUUCCUGCCAAAAUUUCUUGUCAGAAUUAUUGACAAGAAGGAUGAGGAGAACUUCAAUAUUAGACAACAGAGCGUUCUGGACAUGCGUAAAUAUGUAGAUAAACAAAUAGAUGAGCACGAGGCUACAUUUGACAGCGACAACAUCCGGGACUUUGUAGAUAUGUACAUUCAGACGAAAAAAAGAAGGGGGCGAAACAGUUCAUCGCAAGUAGAUCACACGUGCGGCAUCUUACAUCCCGGGCUGCGAGCAAAGAGAAUUAUAUCCGGUAUGCAAGAAAAUAAUGAACUCUCACAGGUCAGCGCGUACGUGAAACCCAUGGUUUUCGCAGAAUAUAAAAUGUUUGAUUUCCUUUUUAUUUAUUUUGCACAUAGAUCGAGCUAUGUUAGAAAAUAUAUACUGCAUACUGAGUAUACUUUUGCAGAAGGUAGUAUGUUUAUGGGAAUCCUUGACCUAUUUAUUGCUGGGUCUGAAACAACAUCUUCAAUUCUCGACUGGGCUUUUCUUUUCAUGACCGAAUUUCCGGAAGUCCAGAAAAAAUGUCAAGAAGAAAUUGAGAUGGUUCUUGGAGACAAAUCCGUAGAAUAUUCAGACAGGAAAAAGCUUGUCUACGUUAACGCUGUCAUCAUGGAAAUUCAGAGGCAUUCAAAUAUUGUGCCCCUCAAUGAAACGCACCACAGCACUAGUGCCAAUACAACCCUCGGAGGCUACAGUAUACCUGCUGGAACAUAUAUAGUACCAACCCUCUAUUCAGUUCACAUGGAUCCUAAAUAUUUCCCUAAUCCAGAAAAGUUCGAUCCAGACAGAUUCAUAGAUGACAAGGGCAACCUGAUUAAGAACGAAGCUCUUAUACCAUUUUCAACAGGUCUCCGUACGUGCCUUGGGAAGCCACUAGCAAAAAUGCAACUGUUCUUGAUGUUUGCAAAUCUACUUCAAAGAUUCAGCUUUUCAAGAGAGGAUCCGCACCGGCGUCAUUCGUUGGAAUCUAAGCAAGCAGUAGUCACUAAUAUCCCGGUUCCGUACAGACUCCGGACUAGAAAGAGAAGAUGAUAGGAUGAACGUGUGAGGAAAAUAUGUUUCGAUGCGAUGGCUUGACUGAGAUGAAGAAUAUGAUUGCCUUUACUAAGUCUUUAUCUGUAAUUAAAAGGACAAACUAUACUAUUUUUUGUAUAAGAAUAAAAUAUUAAAAUGUGAAGAUCAGAUUUCAAAAUAUAGCAAAAUAUAGAGGGAACUUGUUUGUUUUAGUGCAAGGUUGAAAUAUCUUUCACGAGUGGAUACCAGAUGCAAUAUUUUCACGAGUGGCAUAGCCAUGAGUGAAACUGAAAGAUACGGUGUUCACAAAUGAAAGAUAUUUUAAUCUUACAUGUUAUACAAACAAAGUCUUUUCAUUUCAUGUUUUGACUAAAUUUACCCAUUUUAUAGUUUAACACCAGUGAAAAAUAUAAUAGGGUUAUUAUAAUAGUAGCUCGAUCUGGGAUGUUGUAUUCGGCUCAGGUGGAAUUUUGCCAGAUCGGAUCUCACGAGGCGCACAAGCCCCGAGUGUGAUCCGUCCUACCUUGCAAAAUCCACGAGAGCCGAAUACAAAAUCACAGAUCUGGCGACUUUUAUGUGACCCUUUUAUUAUAUACCUCCCGUUUCGUUAUUGAACACACUCUUCAAUAUUUGGAACUUAGUGAAGUUUUUAUGUGCGCUAUUUAUAGAGCUGUAUCAGGUCAUGCAUGUUAAUGAAAGUAUUCCGGCAACAUAUAAUACGAAAGGUACAAUAGACCCCCUACGGAUUUUUAUACGCCCGAAAGGACGUAUUAUGUUAUGACGCCGGUGUCCGUCUGUCCGUCCGUCCGUCUGUCCGUGCCCGCGAAAUGAUGGUUAAGUGACUUCAUAACGGUACUUUCUCUUUGAUGUCAUUCAUUCCGUUCUGUUUAUGUGACUUUUUUCUUUUUAUGUGACUGAUAGAACAAUAGAGAGAACAAUUGGGGUGUCACAUAAAUACCGUUUCGUUAGAACGUCCGUCCGUCCGUCCGUUAGCAAUUUCGUGUCCGCUCUGUAACUCUUGAACCCCUUGAAGGAUUUUAAAGAAACUUGACACAAAUGUUCACCACACGGAGUCGACGUGCAGAGCGCUUGUUUCGGAUGACUAGCUUCAAGGUCAAGGUCACACUAAGGGGUCAAAGGUUAUAUGAGUGUGUUUCGUGUCCGCUCUGUAGUUCUUGAACUGCUUGAAGGAUUUUAGAGAAACUUGGCACAAAUGUUCACCACACUGAGACGACGUGCAGAGGGCUUCUUUCGGAUGACUAGCUUCAAGGUCAAGGUCACACUUAGCAGUGAAAGGUCAUAUAUAACUUUGUUGUGUCCGCUCUGUAACUCUUGAACUGCUUGAAAAAUUUCAAAGAAACUUGGCACAAAUGUUCACCACACUGAGGCGACAUGCAGAGCGCAUGUUUUCGAUGACUCGCUUCAAGGUCAAGGUCACCCUUAGGGGUCAAAGGUCAUGUAUGACUUUGCUUUCUGUAUAUUGCUCUGCAUUGCAGUGCUCUUGUUUUUAUUAGGCAGAUACCUUUGUUGUUCUCUUACAAUAAUAUUUUUUGUAUAACUUCCCUUUUUUGUUACUAUAAAUAGCUUAUUUUGAAACUUCUUUAUAAUUGGCCGUAGGCAAAAACCGAGACCACUUUUCUGUGGUACAACAUGGAUGGUACAUCCAAUUUUUAGAUGCAUUUUGACAUAACAUUACCUGGUAAGAAUUUGUUUGUGGACUUAGACUUUUUUUUCGAAUUUCUUCUUUUUGUUGUUCCUGUCCUUUGGGCUUCAACAGUCAAGUUCUUUAAAUUUUGCACCCAUCCUCUGGUGUAACCCUUUCGGGCGUAUAUUGCCCCGCUUGGCGGCGCUUUUGUUUUCUGCCUGUUCAUAUUUACUUGUGAAAUAUAAGCCAAUUAUUUACAGACUUUAUACAGGUAUAUAAUAAAUUUAAAUACUUAAUGUAUCACAGUGAAGGUACCAAAUAUACUUCACUUAAGAAAUAUGAUAAGUGAUAUUGUCAAAUAUGAUCCAAUAUAAAAUGUCUUACAAAGUUUCAUCAAGAAAUGUUCAGUUUUAAGAAAGAUAUGGAGAGUUUACUGAGGUCACCCCCUGUCGAUUUAUAUGCCCAGAUUCAGUCCCUGUCAUCGUCUGAUUGCAAUUUGACGUGAAAAUUUAAGUAAUAUGGACUGGAUUUGACUUGGAAGCUGAAAUAUGAUUCAUUCCGUUAAAAAAUAGUAAUAAAGUCUAUUAAUUUUGAUUAUUCUCUGACAUUACAGAGAUAAAAAUGAUCCUUUUUUGCCCAAAAGCUCAGAUUAAAAUGGGCACACCUGUCAAAAAAUAGAGGCCCAAAUUAAAAAAAAUAUUCAAAUUUCACACUUAUUUUUGCAGGAAGACGUCUUUCUACAUCAUUAACAAUAGAUUUGUGGCCACUAACAUUACCUGCAAUGGCUUUCUAUGAAAGUCAUGUUUCAGGUCUAAUAUAGGUUAGAGACCACGAAUUGUUUUCCCAUAUGCUUACAUUAUAACAUUAUAGCGUGUGCGGCCUUCCAUACAUCGAAACAUGUAUAUCUAAUUACAUAUUUUUCAAGAACUAUCUUAGUUCUACCAAAAUAUCGGACGAAAUACAUAUGAAUAGUGAUACUUUAAGUAAUUUUUGUGUGAAUGAGAUGACCCCCUGUUUACAUAGUUGUCAUGGCGGGAGAAAUUCGUUUGAUAAAACUUUUUUUCAAUACACAUAAAAUGUAGCAAAUUUUGUCAAAAUGUAUAAUAAAAUACUGUAAAUGCAGCGAAAAAAUAUCAAUUUUGAAAAAAAUAAUCACUUCCUGGGUUUGUUUACAUCACUGACAAACCAGAACGCACAGACGUUACCUUUCCAAGGUAUACACUAACCUCAUUCCCAGUAAGUUCCCUGUACUUUUUUGAAUUGAUGGUCUCUGACCUAUACGCGGACGUCGUCAAAACAGCGAUCGGUUAUCACUAAAAAUUUCGCGCCUUUCCUUUUGCUGUUCUAUACGAAAUGAACGUCAUCUUCCUUUUAUCCGGAGUUACAUGACUCAUGGUAUCAAAACCAAUAGGAAGCCAGCCUUGCCAAAUUACGUUGGAAUACUCAGAUUUAAUUUAUUAGUUCAUUUUUGUAUUUUAAUAUGGGUUUUAAAUAGACCACAAUACGCAUUUUCAUUCUGUAAUAGUGUCAGUCACAC